CCCAGGGUCUUGGCUCACUGCAGCUGCCACCUCCCAGGUUCAAGCAAUUCUCCUGCCUCGGCCUCCUGAGUAGCUGAAAUUAUAGACAUGUGCCAUUAUGCCCCACUAAUUUUUGUAUUUUUAGUAGAGGAGGCGUUUCACCAUGUUGGCCAGGCUGAUCUCGAACUCCUGACCUCAGGUGAUCGACCCACCUUGACCUCCCAAAAUGCUGGGAUUACACAUGUGAGCCACCGCACCCAGCCAGUGGUGUAGUACUUUUAAUAUGAUGCCAGACCUAUGCAUCAAUAGACUUUUGGAGAGAUCCUGCUCCUCUGGGUUGAAACUCGGGCGCCACCAAGAUGCUGGCUUACCACUCUUCUCUCAUGGAUCCUGACACCAAACUCAUUGGAAACAUGGCACUGUUACCUAUCAGAAGUCAAUUCAAAGGACCUGCCCCCAGAGAGACAAAAGAUACAGAUAUUGUGGAUGAAGCCAUCUAUUACUUCAAGGCCAAUGUCUUCUUCAAGAACUAUGAAAUUAAGAAUGAAGCUGAUAGGACCUUGAUAUAUAUAACUCUCUACAUUUCUGAGUGUCUGAAGAAACUCCAAAAGUGCAAUUCCAAAAGCCAAGGUGAGAAAGAGAUGUAUACACUGGGAAUCACUAAUUUUCCCAUUCCUGGAGAGCCUGGUUUUCCACUUAAUGCGAUUUACGCCAAACCUGCAAACAAACAGGAAGAUGAGGUGAUGAGAGCCUAUUUACAACAGCUAAGACAAGAGACUGGACUGAGACUUUGUGAGAAAGUUUUCAACCGUCAGAAUGAUAAACCCAGCAAGUGGUGGACUUGCUUUGUGAAGAGACAGUUCAUGAACAAGAGUCUUUCAGGACCUGGACAGUGAAGGGAGCUCGGGCAGCCACCAUCUCCAGAUUCCUGGGCAGCAUUUUCCAGCAAGAUAUACACAAUCUUUUGCCUUUAUUUCAUAAAGUUUUAUACAGAAGAGAGAAGAGCAUGUCUUUACUUGAGAAACUCUUGAUCAAGAAUUCGGGUAGGAGAAAAGAAAGUGUGUUAUCAAGGGUGAUUUGAAAUUUUCUGCAGUAUUAAGCUGGCGCUUAAUAAGAAUACGUAAUAAUAAAGAAAUUUCUAACAAAAAAAAAAUAGACUUUUGGAUUGAUAUCUGUAAGCAAGAUUGGCAGCUGUUUCUGUUUGCAGCAUUUUGGUCAGGUUUGGCACCUUUUCUUCCUCCUCUAUACUUUGGAACUGUUUAAAUGUAAAGCCCAAACCCUUGAUCACUAUGUAAGACUGGCUGCAUCCCCAGUGUGCAUGUAAACAUUUAGUAAAUUCCAUGUGCUUUACAAAUGUUAACUGUCAGAUACAGCAGUAUCCCAAAUGUCCUGGUACAAGUGAUCGUGAGAGGAGAGUAUUAAGAUCAAGGAGGUGAGAGUUGCCUUGAUUGCCCUAGAGCUGCAGGUACCAUUUCCCUCUCUUGCCCCCUUUUUAAAUCCACCAUGAAAAACCAGAUUUCUGUUCCCAUGAGAUUAUGAAUGGAAAUCAGAGCUCCCUUCAUACAUUGUAGAUGAGAGUGGGGAAGGGGCCUUGGAAGCCCCAAUCAGCCUCCUCCAUUCUAGGAAGACAGAGACAGGGCCCCAGAGGUGAUGGAACGGCCUGAAAGUGUACUGCGUGGCUGUGACAUAUUUCAAACCCUGGCACACCACUCCAGCCUUACGUUCUUUCUGUGGCUCUUAGCUGCCUCUCUUGCAACAACAGAAGUAAAAAUUUCUCAGCGGCCCCAGCAAUGGACCCCGAUUCCCCAGUCAGAUUUCCCAGACUCAUCUCACUUAGGGAUGGUGCACCGUCUGAAUAGGCCCCGGGCCACAGCAUGGGGCAUAGUAGAAGGAAGGAGGGUGAUUUAUCCUUGUAUCUCACGCAGGCUGGUCCAGUUUUGUCUUGUCCUUCACAGAGGGGCUUUGGCUGCAUCCAAUGCCAUGAACAGUUUCUUCUGAACUUUGUCUGCAGAGACAUGAAUCAUGACUGUUACCUGGAAAUGCUCUGGAAGUGCUCAUAAUGCGUGACAGAAAGUGGCCUAGAAAAGCCUCCCAGGAGGCCGAGGCAGACAGACCACUUGAGCCCAGGAGUUCGAGACCAGCCUGGGCAACACAGGGUAUCUACAAAAAACACACACAAAAUUAGCUGGGCAUGGUGGCACACAGCUAUAGUCCCAGCUAGUGGGAGACUGAAGUGGGAAGAUCACCUGAACCCAGGGAGGUCAAGGCUGGUACCAGCCAUGAUCACGCCACUGCACGCCAGCCUGGGCGACAGAAUGAGACUCCAUCUCAAAAUAAAAUAAAAGGCUCCCAAGGUCAAAGACAUGUUAAGCAAUGCAUUGCUCUGCUCCUGAUGGAACUCCUAUUCUUGAUUUUGCUGCAAAUACCAAGGACUUUGCUAUAGGAAAAAUGAAGGCUGGGUCAGAUGUGUCCUCAGCCUCCUGGCUGAAUUGGUUUGUUCUCCUGUAGAGGUGAGGAGAAUCUGGGUGGCAGGGAUUCUGACUUAUUCCACAUUACCUGGCAAAGCAACUGUUGAGGGGAAAUGCUUAAUCCUCACUCUAGUGGGGAUCUUCCUUGUCAGCUUCACCCACUCUCCUGCAUGUUUUGUGGAAAUGGCAAACACACUUUGUUGAGCAAUACAAACACUGGCUUCCUAUAGCUGCACCUCUGAGAAUGUGCUUGAGAUAACCCAGCUACCACAAUUUCAUUUUUGAAUUUCAAAUACAAAUUAUAUCAGAGCUAAGAGUCCCCUGUGGGAAUUUUGGUCCAUUUUCAAAGUGGAAAAAUACAAGUCUGCAAGAUGAAAUAACUUGCUUGAGGCCACACAGUCAAGUACUGGCCGGCUGCAGAUGAGAAGCCAGCAUGGAACCCAUGUGCCCUCCAUUCCAUUAAGGCUCGCUCUUGGGCAAGCACUUCAUAUAUAAAAUUUGGGAUUCAGAAGCUCCUCUCCAUUUUUAAACUGAAACGAAAGGCCUUGAGUUCUUAAAGGCCUCUCUGCUUAUCAGUGUCAUUGGACAUAAUUCUGAUCUAUGAAAGCAAAACCACAAUGAAUGGCCCUUUGCAUGAUGUUCUACGAAGCACCCCAGAGAAAACAAAGCAUCAGGUGGAAGCUAGACGUUUUGUAAAACCACAUCUACGUCUAACUUUUCCCUCUUCCCUGUCCUGCUUCUCUCAUCCACAUAUAUUCAAGUUUCUCCUGACUGCAUUGACUUGACCAAUCCCUCAUACAAAUGCCUGUUUUAGGCUCUGCAACUAGGAAACAUGCCCUGAAACUACUCCUAACUGCUCUCCCUGAAUCCACACUUGACUGCUCCAAUCUGUCCUCCACAUCACAAAUGUGAUCAUUCUUUACACAGGCUUAGACCCUGGAAAUAACUCCCAUUGCUAUUGGGAUAAACAGGAAACAUUACUAUGGCCUCCAAGGUCUUUGGAAGAGGUCUGGCUGCUGACCUCCCACUGCUCAGCCCUUAGUCACACUGGCUUUCUUUCUCCCUCUCUUAUUCCCAGCUUUCUUCUGCCUCAGGGCCUUUGCACAUCUGGUUGUCCUGCUUAGUCUAUUUUUCUCUGCCAUCAUCUCAUACCACUGAUCCCUACUCACUCUUCAGCUCUUAGCUCAAUCACUGCCCAUGCAGGAAUGUACCCAGUGGGCCUUGGGUUAGAAGUCCCUCCCUGGCUCACAUUAGUUCCUGCCACAUCCUCCCAUAGCAGUGUGUACCUCCUCUCUUAGCAUUUCAUUGUAUUGCUUGUUUUAAUGAUCUUUGCAUUAGAUAAUAAGCUCCAUGAAGGCAAGGACUGUAUUAUUAUAAAUCUUCAUUUUUAUUAACAUGCUGACAGAUUAUUAAUAAGUAAAUUUAUUUUAAUUUCUUUUAUUGUGCUCCUGUAAUAUUCCAAGUGUGUACUAGUUGUUAGCAAUACACACUGUGGGAAAUUGACACUGUCCUGGCCCUCUAGGAGUAUAUAGUGUAGCGAAGAAUAUAGAAGUAAGUUAAAUAUACUUCAUUUAUACUUCAUUGUCACAACAGUGACAGGUGCUAUGAAAGAAAAUUGCAAGGUAUUAUUAUUGCUAUUUCUUUUUUGAGACAGAGUCUUGCUCUGUUGCCCAGGCUUGAGUGCAGUGGUGCUGUCACAGCUCACUGCAGCCUCAACCUCGUAGGCUCAAGCAGUCCUCCCACCUGAGCCUCCUGAGUAGCUUGGACUACAGGCAUGCUCCACCAAACCCAGAUAACUUUUUUGGUAUUUUUUGUAGAGAUGGGGUUUUACCAUGUUGCCCAAGGUGGUCUCGAACUCCUGGGCUCAAGCAAGACUGCCCACCACAGCCUCCUGAAGUGCUAGGAUUACGGACAUGCACCACUGCAUGUGGCCAGUAUUACUAUUUUUAAAAGACAAUGAUUUUCAUUGCCUGUAUCAGAAGAUAAUUUGUAGGGUAUUGUCUGACUCAUCAUUUUAUUCCCUUUACCAAGCAAGUCUGAUACACAACGAAUGCGCAAUAAAAAUUUUGAAGGAUUACAUAAACAACCUGGCUAUGUCUUCUGUCUCUUUCCCAGGUAAACAUCUAGUCUUCUGAGAGUCCAUCAAAAUGAAUAGGACAUUUUACUGUACCUCCUCAGUAAGAAGAAUGAUUUUAAAUAGCUCAACUGAUUGCAAGGAAAUCUGUGAGAAGUAACUGCAAAACCAUGGCAACACUCCUGCCUUAGAGUUUCUAAAGGAACCAGCUCUCCCAGAGCUUAAGAAGGUUAAACAGGUUAUUAUGAAUUAAAGGUUUGCUAUAAUUUACAUAUUUA